GGUCGGACGGCGGCGGACGGAGAAGUGCACGGGCUUCCGACAGACGACGGACGACACGCAGCCAUGCCCGGCUGGGGAUACGGAUCCAAGAACGGUCCUCAGACAUGGUCGAGACAGUUCCCUGUGGGCGAGGGGAAGCGCCAGUCUCCGAUCGACAUUGUCACCGAGAAGACGCGGCCUGACCCGGUGCUGGAGGCUAGCCCUCUGGAGAUCAGCUACGACCCCAGCGACCAGCAGAGCAUCGGCAACACAGGUCACGGCUGGAAGGUGGACUACAUGGGCGGCCAGUCCUCCAUCCGCGGCGGCCCCCUGGAGGGCACGUACGCGCUGGCUCAGUACCAUUGCCACUGGGGCCGCGAGGACGAGCGGGGCUCGGAGCAUACCGUCGACGGCCACAAGUACGCCGCUGAGCUGCACCUGGUGCACUACAACAAGAAGUACGGCAGCUUUGCGGCGGCGGCCGACAAAGACGACGGCCUGGCUGUGAUCGGUAUCUUCCUGAAGGUGGGUAAGGAAAACAAGGAGCUGCUGAAGGUGACCAACACCCUGAAGAACAUCAAGUACUGCGGCUCGACGGCCAAGAUGGAGCCCAGUGACCCGGACAACUUUAUGCCGGACACUCGCCGUUACUGGACGUACGAGGGCUCUCUCACCACGCCGCCACUGUACGAGAGUGUCACCUGGAUCGUGUUCGCCGAGCCCACCGAGAUCUCGCGCGAGCAGCUGGGCGAGUUCCGCCACUUGAGACGACACACCACCGACGACGAGAAGGGCGACGACAGCGACGACGACGACGGCGUCAUCGCCGACAACUACCGGCCGCCGAUGCCGACGGGCGAGCGCGCCGUGCGCAGCUGCAACGCCGCUGUCCGCUUCGUCCGGCCCCAGUGAUGUCAGCCGCUACCAGUGACGUCACGCGGCGCUGUCGUGAUGAAGCGCCGAAGAGGCGGCGACGAUCGUGACGGGACGACUGACCCUGGAUGACCUUCCAGGCCGGAGAGGGUGACCUGCCGCAUGACCUGUCACGCCGGAAGGGACGACCUGUCAGCGGAAUCGCGACCUUGCUGUGGUUAAAGGCGCUUCCUGUUAGUGGCUCGUAGUUAGCCUGCCUUAGCAUCAGACUGUGGUGUUCGUCGACGAUAAUCGUGGGUUCUAACGGCUGCUGUGUAGUGUAGUAGUGGUCACGGCGGUUUUUAAGUGUUGCCCUCUUUUCCCGGACAAACGUUACGCAAGGGCUCUCGGUUGGUACGCGUCGCGUCACCCCCUCUGGUAACACGUGCGUCGUUUUGACGAUCCACCUUAACGGUGUCGCUCAAGUUCAAAGGCGUAGGAAUUAUAGACUUCAGAUGUGGCGUCAGGCUAAGAAACGUUCUUUUACCUAUUUUACCAUCGCAGCCACAAGGGUAAGCCUAAAUUCAUCCAGCGCGGAGGGGCAGCCGCCUGUCGGCCGCCCCUGUGCCGCUGGACCAGCUCCUGUGCCCCCCUACGGCCCUGGACCCCGCCCACGCCACUGGACCCCCCCCCCCCCCGCCCCUGCCGCGACACGCCGCGGUCGGUCAGGCACCCGUCCGGCGCCUGCGGCCGCCGGCGUCGUGUCCCUUGUUCAACCGGAGGCGUCCGCCCCGUGAUCGCCACAGUGCCUAGCCCGCACAAGCGGCUGCGGCUGCUGCCGUCCCUGGCUGCCCGCUCCGCUCCGGCCGCCCCCGCCGGCGCUGGCCGCCUCGCGCUGCCACGAGCAGAGCGGGCAGCUCGCGGCGCGGAAGCACGUGACUUCGUCACACCAGCCGUUACGCUGUCGUGAUGUGAGCUCUCGUGACUCGUGACACCGCGCACGUUGGCAAGAUCACGGAAUGGGGAGGCGGGACGCCGAUUCGACACGGAGUACUUAAACUGAUCGGCGGGGCCGAAGCAUCAGUACUGAAAUCGAUAGCGCGCUGGUUAAAUCUACGCAGCUGGAGUGGUUGACAUAGCUCAAUUCCAGUGGCGGUAGUUUCGGGUGAGGGAUGACAUUAUGGCUGACUCGUCUACCCGAUAACAUUUUGUUCAUUUUGAGAUCCAAAAAGUUAAAAUCACUUUGCGUUCAUGGGAAUUCGGAGACGUUACAAGCUAGAAGUGAAUGACUGAAACAGUCUGGAACACAAGCAGACAUGCUCGACUUUUCAAAACAAUUAAAAUACUUUCGAACAUUCUGUUGAGUAAACCUCGGGAGCACUUUCAGCCCGGAAUGGAAUGACUCAGCCAAACAGCUUUCGUUGCACCUGAAGAUGUUUGCUCGGCGCGCGGUACACACAGACAGCAUCGCAAAUAACCCUUGCCAAUCUGGUAUCAAUCACCCCACUAAAGCCUCUCAGCCACCCUGUGCGAGCCAACAACGCUGGGCGGUGCUCGUCGUGCACGUCGGCCGUGUUUUGCAAAUGUCAGUCAACAACAUGCAUGCACGUCGCAAGCAUGCAUGCUCUUCGGCGUUAAAUGGCGUGGUUCACUGGCGUUAUUGACUCCGACGUCGCAUCCGUGGUGUGGGCCUGUGGUUGCAUCAUCUUCUGUGAUGCGAGAUGGUGUCUGAUGUGGAACGUAAAUGUAGUGUAACAGAUCGGACCGAGUCGGAUCGAAUCGGAUCGAAUCGGAUCGAAUCGGAUCGAAUCAAAUGGAAUCGAUUCAAAUUGAAUCGGGUCGGAUGAGGUCGCACUGGAUCGGAUGGAAGGGGAUCAGGGACCUUUGCGCCCUGACUGCAUCCGUGUGAGGCUGCUAAGUGCAAAUGUGUUUUUUGGGGAAGGAUUUCACGAAUCGAGCGCUCCUUAGCGCACUUUCAAGAUAAUGGCUCGUAAUUGCCAUGGAGUGGCAUGUGGACAUUCCAAGGAGGGGAAGCAGCCCGAUGAGAUCACUGGCUCAUCGUUUAUUAUGCAACGGUCAUCGUCUGCAAAAAUGUUGAGAUGAUGCUAGGUCAGAGCAACAAGAAAGGAAGGAGAACCUCCCGUUCCCACGCCACCGCCUUACACAUCGCAUGGCAUAGACAUGGUCAAUAAAUUCCGCGCUGCGGCAUUUUGAGCCACUGUUGGUUUCGAAGCAAAGCUAUGCCUUUUCUCUGGAAAAAAAAACAAUCACCAACGCUUGUCUCACGCACAUGUUAGGCACGCCGUUCAACUCGCAGGUCCUUCCGCAACGGAUUCGGGUCGGGCCCAGCGGCGGCUGGAUCUGCCACCUUGUCAUCGGCGCGGCUGGCGUUACGUAAGCUGCCACAUGAGCCUGUCGGGUGGAGGUCUUUUCACUCCGCCCUCCGCAGUGAGGAUACCUGACCUUAUUGAUGCAGCGGCGACAUCUAAAUGCUGUUACCAGACUAAUUCCAGCAUCGUCGUUAGCAGUACUGAACGCGUCCAGUUCCCUGUUCACUGAGGGGCUAGAGUGAAAUAAACGCAUCGAAUGUUGAACGCACUCGUGCUUGAA